AUGACUGCCAGUAACGGCACCGCUGCCAAUGGUAGCGGCUCAACACGCCGACCUCUGCCGGUCGGCAUCUACGCUCCUACCAUGACAUUCUUCGACCCAGACACGGAAGAGAUUGACGUGCCAGUCAUCAAGAAGCACGCAGAGAGGUUAGCCAAGGCCGGUCUGGCCGGUCUCGUGACCAUGGGAUCCAACGGCGAGGCGGCUCACUGCACCCGCGAGGAGAAGCUGGCCGUGACCCGGGCCACCAGAGAAGCCCUGGACGCCGCCGGGUUCACGCAAACGCCCAUUAUUGUCGGCGCCACCGAGGGCAGCGUCAAGGGCACCAUUGAGCUGUGCAAGGAGGCCGAAAAGGCCGGCGGCGACUACGUGCUGCUGCUCCCGCCGAGCUACUUCCGGGCGCACGUGGACGAGGCUGUCGUCGAGAGCUACUUCCGGGCCGUGGCCGACGCGAGCCCGCUGCCCCUCAUCUUGUACAACUACCCCGGCGCCGUCGCCGGCAUCGACAUGGACUCGGACCUCCUCAUCCGCCUCGCCGAGCACCCCAACAUCGUCGGCACCAAGUUCACCUGCGGCAACACGGGCAAGCUGACGCGCGUCGCCCUGGCCACCAACGCCAAGACCCCCUUCCAGGAGGGCAGCGGGUACAUGGCCUUUGGCGGCAUGUGCGACUUUACGGUGCAGACGCUCGUCUCGGGCGGCAGCGGCAUCAUUGCCGGCGGCGCCAACGUCAUGCCAAAGGUCUGCGUCAAGGUCUGGAACCUGUACUCGGAGGGCAAGAUCCAGGAGGCCAUUGAGCUGCAAAAGGUCCUGUCCAAGGGCGACUGGCCCCUGACCAAGGCCGCCAUUGCCGGCACCAAGCAGGCCAUCCAGAGCUACUACGGCUACGGCGGACACCCCCGCCAGCCGCUCAAGCGUCUCGAAAAGGCCAAGGUGUCGUCCAUUGCCGAGGCCAUCUCAGAGGUCAUGGAAGUUGAGAAGUCGCUCUGA